CAUGAUAAGGAAAAUCAACAACAACUUCUUUUGUUUUCAUAAUAUCCAAGAAAAAAAUAUAUUAAAAAAUCGGUUGACAAAGAAAAGAUUCAUUCAUAAAGAAAAUUUCCAGUUUUCCCAAACAUUUAUGUUGGAAUUGGAAAUUUACUAUGCAAAAAUUACAUAAGUGAGCAUUGAAUUAGUGCAAAAAAUUAUAUUAUACAUUUAAUGUCAGCAAUCACUGACAUCAAUGUUAUGACAAAAGUAGACAAAUUUUAUUGCCUCGACUGUAAGGUUUUACAACAUUACACAGUUGUUUAUUCAAUUAUGUUUAAUUAUUGUUUCAUUCAAUUUCGUCUCAUUUACUGCAUUACAGCUUAUUACUAAUGAAAAUAUGUACAAUAUCAAUAGCGUGUAAUUUUUGAUCUUUCUUUUUUCAUCUGACUCUCGCACCGAUAAGAUUGCCUAGUUAUAUAAAAAAAAGGAAAAAUCUGAUAUACAAGUUUAAAAUAUAACCUUAAUUUUGAAGAAUCCAUCUCAUAUUAAGUGAGAUAAAUAUUUUAUAAAGAUUAAAUUAUAUUUCUAAUUAAUUGUGGUAAACCCAGUAGAAAUCUGGUAAGCAUUAUUGCAAAUUUUAUUUUACCUAAAUUUUUGCCGAGAUAUAGAAAAUUAUUUAAAGUUAACACACUUUUAUAGGGUUUUAAUAAUUGAUACACAAUUACUCGGACAACAUUUCUUUUAAAAAAAAAAACGCAAAACUGUGUAAAAUCUCAGAAAACAUCAUCGAAAUGUGGUCCGAAACUAAUGAUGAUUAAGACGAAUGUGCAUUACAACCUUACGUAAUCAUAACCUCAACAAAAUUGCUUAAUUACCUCAUUAGCUGUAUGUACAAUAAUCUCUGGCAUUUUAAGAAGAAAAACUCCUUGAUAUGGUGGAAUUAUUUACAACCAAUAAACUAUUGGAAUAAAGUUUUCAGCCUUUACCAGAAGAUUCUAAUUAAAGCAUAUGCCAGGCCCUCGUUUUAUUGAUUAUCGACAUCGUUUGGUUAAAAAAACCAACAUUAAUUAUCCAAUACAUUCAACAGUUAUCACCAUUCAAUUACUACAAUAAAAUUGUUCGCUGAUAUAUAAAUUUGUCCAUUUGUCCAUUUGCUAAGGUAUCACACUGUAGUUGAGAAACAACGUGAAAUAUUAAAGCAAUGACGUCAUCAACCAAUAAUGAUAUUGGAAAUUCAUCAAUAAGUACACUCUCUCUCUCUCAUCACUAACAUAACAUUAAACAAAAAUACAUUUUAAACUUAACAGAAUUAUUAUAUUAACACUAAAUGAUAUUUAUUAUUUAACAGUAUGCUAAAUAUAACAUUAACAAUUGUAAGUAACUAAGUUUAUCUCUGUUACAGAACAAACAAAAGCUUAGUUUCUCUUAAUUUUAUAUCUUUGUUAUUGUUACAAGUAUUUUACAUAGAAAAUGAAAUAAGCAACAAUUACAUACAUUAUUUACAUGUAAACUCCAUAAAUACCGUAAAAUACUUGUACAAUAUGCUAAUUUAAUUAAAAUAUUUGAAUAAAAUUUAAACAUUUAUUCGAAUUAUUAAUAUUUGAAUGUAGAAAAUAUAGAUUUAAUUUAGCAUGUUUAAAUUAUUGUAUAUUAUUUUCUUGUUUUGAAAACAUAUUAAUCAAAUUCUGAAUUGCAGAUUGUAAAUAAGUGGAUGUAUUUGAGCUCAAAUCGUCGAUGUAAUCUCCAAAAACCAAAAUCAAAUAUGGGUAAACUAUUGUAAACAAAACCCUUGGUCAACAAUGGUAGAUAAAGCUGAUUGCUUUGAAAAGGAUUGUUCUGUUCGAGUCGCAAUUCGGAUCCGACCACAGAACUCUAGAGAGAUUAUUGAUAUGUGUCGAAUAUGUACAAGUGUUGUGCCUAAUGAGCCGCAAAUAAUUAUUGGACUAGAUAAGGCAUUUACCUAUGAUUUUGUUUAUGAUACAAAUUCAAAACAGGUGGAUGUUUAUGAUGGAUGUGUGCUUCGUCUUGUUGAAGGAGCCUUACAUGGAUUAAAUGCUACAGUGUUAGCAUAUGGACAAACUGGUUCAGGUAAAACUUACACUAUGGGUUCUGGAUUUGAAUAUGAAUUAUCCGAACAACAACAAGGCAUAAUACCCCGUGCUGUUCAUCAUAUAUUUUCUAGAAUUGAAGAUAAUAUUCAAUUUAACCCAGAUAAUGCUAAUACAGAAUUUAGCGUUGCAGUCCAGUUUAUUGAAUUAUACAAUGAAGAAAUAAUCGAUCUUUUGGACCCAUACAACAAGGGAAAACAUUUUAAAAUACAGGAAAAUGAAAAUGGACAAAUAUCAAUAGUAGGUGCAUCAAUAAAACCAGUUCAUAAGCCAGAGGAUGCUUUAAGAUGUCUACAGCAAGGUGCUUUAGCCCGUACAACUGCAUCCACGCAAAUGAACGAUCAGUCAUCAAGAUCCCACGCAAUAUUUACAAUUUUAAUAAGAAGGCAACGUUUAAUUACAUCGGGAAGUGAAUACGUAAAAGAUGACCUGGAAACAUUAACAUCAAAAUUUCAUUUUGUUGACUUGGCUGGAUCAGAAAGAAUGAAACGUACCGGAGCUACAGGCGAGAGGGCACGUGAAGGUAUUUCAAUUAACAGUGGAUUAUUGGCAUUAGGAAAUUGUAUUUCCGCAUUGGGAGAUAAAACAAAGAAAAUUUUACAUGUUCCGUAUAGAGAUUCUAAACUCACCAGAUUACUUCAGGACUCAUUAGGCGGUAAUAGUCAGACAAUUAUGAUUGCAUGCAUAUCACCCAGUGAUUGCGAUUUUAUGGAAACUUUAAAUACUCUAAAGUAUGCAAAUAGAGCCAGGAACAUUAAAAAUAAAGUACAAGUAAACCAGGAUCAAAAUUCCCGCACAAUUUCCCAGUUACGCAGAGAAGUGGCGUCACUUCAAUUAGAGCUUUUAGAAAUAAAGCAAGGAAAACGUGUAGUUGAUAAUAACGGAGAUGCCUCUAUAUCGGAUACAUUUUAUGAAAAUGAAAUGUUAUUGCAUGAUAACAAACGUCUCCAGCAACGUUUAAAAUCAAUGCAGGAAACUAUAAAAGCUCUCACAGAAAAAAAUGCACAAUUACUAUUGGAGAAAGAAAUGAAUGCAUUUUCGUCGUUAACAGAUGCUGAUCAGACCAUUAAAAAUAUGAUUGCAGGGUACUUGCUGGAAAUUGAGAAAUUGCAGGCAAAGUUAAUAGAAUCCGAGGAAAUGUAUCAACAACUUAAGAAAUGUAGAGAUGCAUCAUUUGUUCCACAAAAUAAUUUACAGAUUGAUGAUGAUGCAGAAAAAAUUCUUCAUAUUGCAAAACGAGAAAUAAAAAAAGAACGAGAAUAUGUCCUAUCAAGAUCAUUUUCCUAUAAUGAAAAGGCAGCUAUCGAGGCAAGUGAAUCCGAAGGAAGUGAUGAAGAAGCUGAUAUGAAAGCAUAUGAUGUGCAUGCCGAUCUUGAGGACGUGAAUUGCGAUAUAGAAAUAAAAUCUAAACUUAUUGAACAAUUAGAAUUAUCACAUAAAAGAAUGGAUCUUAUGAAACAACACUAUGAGGAUAAAUUAAUGCUUCUAAGCUCAAAAAUAUUGAAUACUCAAAAAGAGCGUGAUGGCGUUUUGGCUAGUAUUGGUUCAACUCCGGAAAAUCAAAAAGAUGAUAAAAUAAAUAAAAUUCGAGAUCAAUAUGAGCGUAAAAUUGGAUCUAUGCGAAACGAAAUGAAGAAACUGCAGCAAGCACAACGGGAACAUUCGCGACAACAGUUGGAUAUGAUAUCACAAGAAACAAAGCUACGAAAUUUGCGUUCUCAAUUAAAUGAGCUCAAAAUGAUUAAGGUAAAACUAGUAAGAACUAUAGCAGAACAGAGUAAUCGGCAUAAAUUAGAAGAAAACCUAAAAAAACGUGAAAUAGCACAACUACAAAAGGAAUAUCGAAAGCAAGAAAAUGCCGUAAGAUCGCUAAAGGCUAAAAUGGAAGCAAAAGAUCAAAUUUUAAAGCGUAGAACUGAAGAAGUUUCAUCUUUGCGUCGUAGUCAGCGGUCGAUUCAGUCAUCCUUCAGAAUGAAUAAAAAAGAUAAAGAAUUAUUUGAUGCACAUAAUGCUCUUCAAAUUUGGAGCAACCUUUCAAGAGCUUUGGAUAAAGCGGCUCGGAAUCAACAUAUGUUACUACAAUUUGAACAAGAAUUAGAACGACUAAUUAAUGAACGUAAUUCUUUAACACAGACGUUAUCCAACAUUAGACAAAACAACGGACUUGAUAAUGAAGUGGAUUCAGUUCAGUCAAACUUAAACUACAUACAAGAAAGCAUAAAAACAAUUCAACAAACAAUAAUGGAAUUGGAAGAUACUAAAGAUGUUGAAAAUUACAAUUUUAAUAAUAUAAAAAUGAUUAUUACAAAUAUAAAAAAUGUAGAAGAGGCUAAAUAUUUACUACAUCGACUAUCAACCUAUGUAAUAAAAUUAUCGUGCAGUAUAGUUAUUACUGAAAGUAAAUUAUCGGAACAUAUUACUUUGCUUCAGGACGCGCAACAAGAAAACUUCAUUCAGCAACAAUUACUACAACAUUUUUUAGCUCAGAGUAGUUCGGAAAAAAUCACGGAUUUAUUUGAGUCAAUAACUGCAAGUGUCUCGAAACUAUCAACUAAUAACCUAAGCGAAUCUCAAAUAUCUCUUAAAAGUAAUGAAACAUAUGAUAUUCCUUUAAAUGAUAGAACUUUGAUUAUAAAUGACGACAAAGCUGGUAGCUCUUCAACCCCAAUAUUAAAUGAAAUAACCACAAAAAUUCGUAGCCGUGCGGCCCUGCCACAUAUCAUGUUAUUUGGUGAGAAGAAAUAGCUGUAAAGAUACUAGAAGUUUAUCUACAUAAAAAUUAAUGUAGGUAUCUAUAAGCAUUCAUAUGUACAUAUAGAAGUAUGAAUAUAGCGAAGGCGUUGUCAAACUAAAUUAUUAUUUUCUUCACACAGAUGAGUUCUUAAGGAAUAAAACACACUUGUGGGACUUAAAUGCACUUACAAAACUUAAAUUUUUCGAGAAUAUUAAUUAGCACUUUAUACUUUUUUAUCACUUAAAUACAAUAUUUAUUCUUAUUUUUGUGGAA